UUGGAUUUUUUUAUCUGAAUUAACUAAGCAUUGUGGAUUAAUAAUUUUUAUCUGAUGAUUCAAAUAAUUCAAGGCUAACUGAUUAGUGUUGUCUCCAGGGCCUCUUACUUAUGAUGUCUUUUUUUAAAUUAUAUUCCUGAUUAUCUCUCUUUGUGGACAUUGUACAUGAACAAUUGCUGUUUGAAAUAAUUUGGGGCCUAGGAUGAUGUAUGCAUACUCCAGAAAUUUUGUUUUAUUUGGUCAGGGCUUAGAAGGGUUCUUCUUGUCUGGAACCAUUAUAAUCUGUUCAAAGUUUCAAGUUUACUAGUCCACCUGUAUGUUGCAAAGCCAAACUAAAAGACUUUAUGAAAGCUACUUUUAUUUCCAGUUUACAAUUACCCUUAAACUGAAACAUUUGAGGUUCCCAGCAUCAUAUGGGUGAUGGUUUGUUAGGAAACUCCUCCCAUUGUAAUGAGCCUUGGGCUUUGCUUUUCGUUACUCUACUGCCUUGAGUCAGAAGUAUAUUCAACUCAGUUUGGCACUGGCGUAUCACUUAACCUCUAUUCCUAACCACAGAUGCUCUCCAGAGAUAGUUAACCAUAGGAGUACUAAAAAAAAUUGGUGAAUUCCUCUCUGACCUCAUGUAGGAAAUGAAUUCUUAACUAUGAAUCAAAAUCUAGAUUAAAUAAAAGUUUGAUAAAUUUGACUACCUUUUUAUGCAUGGCAGAAAUACACUAUAUACAAAGAAAAAAACGACUAACAAGCUUAAAGUAAAUAUUUGCAACAUAUAACAUAAAGACCUAAUAUAAUUAAUAUAAAAAGAAAGUGAAAACUGAGGGGAGAAGGACCAACAACCCAGUAGAAAAAUAUAGAUGAGACAUGAGCAGACAGUUCACAAUGAUAUUAAAACUGUCAAUAAACAUGCAAAGUAAACAUACCAUUGAGAUACUACCACUCACCUAUCAUGUUAGUGAAAAAAGUAUUCCAACACAUGUUGAAAAAGGUGUGAAGCACUCUCUUGACGGGAAAGCAAAAAACUGGUCUAGGGCUCGGCUGAGAGGAUAGCCUGGUGAUGGAGAUUUGAGAAUCAUCUGUGCUUAGAGGGAAAUGAACAAAUCACUCAGGAAGAGAGAACAUGUGGACUGAGGAGAGAGGAGGUCCCGGAACACAGCUACUCAAGGUGGCAGGCAGCUCUGCUUCCGGGCAGAUACUACCACCAGAGCUCUGGAGUCAGGCAGAGCCAGUCUUGAAAUCAGCUUGUGGGAUUUAGUUCCUGAGUGCUCUUGGCAAAGUCGGGUACCCUCCCUGCGAUCAGCUGUCACACCUGGCAAUGACGUACAUCUCAGAGGGAUGCUGUGCAAGGACCUGAGAUGCUCACCUGCUGUAAAGAAGCCUCCGGAUUGCUCUCUCGGUGAUCCCCCUUUUCCACCCUGCCCCCCACUCUCUGUGGCUACCCGGUCCCUAGGAGAUGGGGAUGAGGGGGUGGGGGACCGAGCUUGGGUGACGCGAGGCUCACGUGACCGGCCGGGCGCCGACGUGGGCAGCAGCCCCCGCGCCAGCCUGCUCGCCCGCCCUGCGGUCCGAUCCCUGCGCUGUCCGCUCCCGUCGCCCGCGGGGAACCAGCUCCUUGAGCUGCCUGGGCGGCAAGCGAGGGGCCCGCGGGCUUUGGCGAGCCCGAGGAGGUGCAGGCCUGCCCCGGGCCCCGCAGGUCAGUGUGAAGGUCUGUGUGUCUGUCCCCAGCACUCUGCAAGACUAAAGAAGGAGGAAGAACCUGUCCAGAAUCCCUGGAGGAAAAGAAGGGAAAAUCUCAACAUGGAAAAACUCUACAAUGAAAAUGAAGGACAGCUGGAAAUCAAGGGAAAGCCAGAAGAUGAAGUAGAAUCAGAAGAUGAAGGAAAAUCAGAUGAGGAAGAAAAGCUGGAAGUGGAGGGGAAGCCAGAGCAUGCGGGAAAGUUCCAGAAUGAGGGACAGCCAGAUGAUAAGGGACAACCAGAAGAUGAGGGGAAGCAAGAAAAGCAGGGCAAGUCUGAAAAUGAGGGAAAACCACACAGUGAGGGCAAGCCAGAAUCCCUGGCAACAGCUGAGAGUGAGUCACGGGCUGCUGAAAAGCCUAGAGAAAUCAACCUGGUGGUUAUGACAACAGAUACAGUGCUGUAA